AUGAAAGAUGAUCGAUAUUUCCGCGUGGUAGUCGUGUCACAUAACACGGACAAAAGUGUUAGAGUAUGGAAAUGGCACCAAGGAACUGGGUAUGAACAAGUGUCAUGGUCUCCGUUAAUGGGUCACAAAUACGGGGUAACUUGUGUAAAAAUUAGCCCUCAGUCAACGAUGCUGGCCAGCGCGAGUAUCGACGGGACAACGCAACUCUGGAAUUUAAGAACUGGAUCAAAAAUUCACACGCUGGUGCAAACUGGCGGUGAAGCUGUCAGAGUUUGUCGAUUUGCCCCAGACUCAACUUUGCUGGUGACUGCGGGGGAUAAUGGACAAAUUUGUCUCUGGGAUCUUAUCCGUCGGAAUUUGAUAAGGUCUCUGCAGGCGCACGAAGGAUCUGUCCAGUGCGUUACCUUCUCUCCAGACUCAAACUGGCUCCUAACGUCGUGCACUCUAGGAGUUUUAAAACUCUUUUCGUCAUUUGAAAUGGUGGAUACCAGUGGGAGCCAGAGCUUGGACCAGUCGGUGAAUGUCUUCGCGACAGUCGACGAUGCUCAUGAUCUAGGGGUUGUUUGUUGUGACUUUUCUUCUUACCAACUUAUAACGAAUCAGGUGGCUAUUGAAAAAUCAUAUCAAUUGGUGACUUGUGGAAAUGAUCAUGAUGUUAAAUUAUGGGAUGUUAAAGUUGUGGAAGGAAAAACUCAAACUCAGCCAAUUAAUGCAUCGAUAAUGCUUUCAAAAGUAUUUCAAAGGCAUAGCUGUGCAUUGACUUGUGUUAAAUUUAGUUCUAAUGGGGCUUAUAUUGUUAGUAGUGGUCUUGAUAAAAUUGCUGUGAUAUGGGAUACAAAUACAGGAAAAAUAGUAUCAGUUUUAAGAGAUCACAAACGUUACGUAGCAUGCUGUGCCUUUUCAAGAGACGGCAAUCUUUUAGCAACAGGUUCAAACGACCGUAGCAUAAUAGUCUGGGAUCUCACUGGGAACAACUUAACCCUCGACUCAAAACUUUUGCGACGAACUGCCGCUCUGAUUCAUCAGUCAAGUGAAGAAAAUCAGGACGCGGUUCAGGAGCAAAAAGUUGUGCAUUUUGCUGAAAAUUCUGGCAAUGAUGUUACCCUGGUUUCAACCUUGGAUGACCAUGGCGGCGCGGUCAAUGGAGUUGCUUUCUACGGUAAUAAUUUAUUAGCGUCUGGUUCUGGGGACAAACUUGUAAGACUCUGGACUGCAGAAAGAGAAGAAGAAAUAGUAGACACAGAAGAUGGAGAACAAAUAGCACACGUGGAGCUCAAAUUCGUCGAAAAGCCUUUCAGUCCUAUUGACGGUCACAAGUACAGUGUAAAUUACAUCGAGUUCAGUCCUUGCGGGACAAUGUUAGCUUCUUGCUCUUUAGACGGGACCACUAUGCUCUGGUGUACUGAAACUGGAGAACAAGCGCGUGAAUCAUUUGUCAAUUCAGGAACUGGGAUUCGUGUAUGUCGCUGGUCUCCAGACGGUACCAAGCUAGCGACUGCUGGAGAUGAUGAAAAAACAACUCUUUGGGAUAUAAAUACUAUGGAAGAAAUACAAAUUUUGGAAGGCCACGCAGACGCAAUUACCGCAAUAGCCUUCACAUCAGAUUCAUCUUACAUAGUGACAGCUUGCAGUGAAGGCUCCUGGAGGAUAUUUGAAAUCUACGGAGACUCUAACGCAAUUGUUGUCUGUGACGCUCAUGAUCUUGGAGUUCAAGGGUGCGAUUUUAGUCCUGCUACUUCUUCGCCUUUUACAGCAGUCGUUGGUUCAAGACAUUCACCCACGGUUCGCGAUGACGAUAGAAAAAGUUUUACUUUAGCGACCUGCGGAAAUGAUUCUUAUGUAAAAUUGUGGCAAAUAAAAAUUAAUCCGAAGAAUAAUAAAGAUUCUAAUUUUUGUGAAGAUGCUGAAGAGGGUUCUUAUGCGAGUUUAGUGUCUUAUAGAGAAAAACGAGUACUUUCUGGUCAUGGGGGAAAUGUUAUGGAUGUUAAAUUCGCUCCUUUUCAUGGUGAAAUUAUUGGUAGUGUUGCUACUGAUCGAACUGCUAGAAUAUGGAGUGUGAAUUCUGGUAUGUGUCUCUUCGUAUUAGAAUAUCAUGAAAGUUUAGUAACGUGUUGUGCCUUUUCCGGCGAUACUGCGUUAUUUGCUACAGGGGCUCUGGAUAAAACAGUAGCAUUAUGGCGGCUUCCACAGCAACUUAUAUCCCAAAGUAUUUUAAUAGACCAAUUACGGAACAACAGAAAAAAUAUAAUCGAUUGGAAAACCGAGGAUAUUAUUAAAUGGCUGAUUGAAGUUGAUUUAGGAAUUUUAGAAGGCCGCGUUGCGGCUUCUAGGCUCAAUGGAAGACUUUUACUCACUUUACCUGAAGAAGUUCUUAUUGCAAGGCUUGGAGUCUUCGAUUAUCCAGAUCUGAUGAAGUUAUUUAAAAAUCAGCUGUACUGGUUAAAACAACAAGACAUAAAUACCUUCAAUAAUUUCGAAGACACAGAAGUUCCAGAUGAAUACGUUUGUCCAAUAACUCACGAAAUAAUGCGCGAACCAGUGAAAUGCUCCGAUGGAUUCAUUUAUGAGAAAGCCGCUAUCAAUGAGUGGUUCCUCUGCGGGAAGUAUACCAGUCCUAUGACCAAUGCGUCGUUGAGCGACACCUCAAUUACUCCAGCGAUUGCUCUGAGAAACGCCAUUUGUACUUUUCUUCACGGUGAACGUUCUGAUGAUUAA